AUCUGUGAGCACCCAGUUGUCAUGUGUUUCGGAUUGUCAUAAUACAAGGAGCUCGCGAAGAAGGCCAACGUUCGUGUCCCAACUGGGUUUUAAUUUGCCACGUGCAACCGAGCCCCUCCGCCCAACCCCCUUUCCCCACUCACGUAAAAUAGUGAUAACAACCCCUCGUAUCAGUAGUAGUGAGGAAGACAUCGGAGCGGCAGGACGCGGUACUCUCCCGUGAAGCGCUGAACGCCUACAAAUCCCAGUGGUGCUGUUGUGAACUCUGCGAACUUUUCGCCGACUGUUUUCAAACAUUUCUUUGAACGUUUGCACAAGACCGGUGUUCUUUCUUACUCCAGUGACUUAAUGGUUGUUUUCUUGCUGAAAGAUACUGAAAAUAUAUAACUCAAAACUAGCUUUGAACUUCGAGUCUUCACGUAUACCGUACAAGAGUCGAAGUUAAUCUCAACCACAGCUGAGUUUUCAAGUCGCACUUGAAUUACCGUCAAACGACAAAAUGAUGAGGCCCACGCACGACGACUUGUCACCUGCUGUCGCAGGUGGUGGAGGAGGAGGAGUUGGAGUUGGAGGAGGAGGAAUGGGUGUGAAUGAGAGAGGGCGCCGUUCCCACAGACACCCUCCCAGCGGAGAAGUGGAGGCCGAGAUGCGCCUCUACUUGGACAAACUACGGGAAAUCGUCCCCCACAUCCCAAGGAACAGGAAAGUAACCAGACUGGAACUCAUCCAGCACGUCAUCGACUACAUCUGUGACUUGCAGCACGCCCUCGAGGACCACCCUGGCCUCAAAGAUGAGCCUACGGCCAGACUCCUAACGCCGCCCAUGUCUCCAAUGUCGGCCCAUGGUCUUCUGCCACCCACGCCACACCCGAACUUGCCGCCUAUGCCCAGCCUUAACCCCAACAGACAACCUCUGGGAGUCCUUUCAACUCCUAAUACGCUGCAGACACCGAUGGACCAAUCCUUCCAGAUGAACGAGUUGCGUUCAUCGAUCCUAACACAGGAUGCAAUCCAGACUAGAAUCGCCGUGAUGUCACCAAGACGACCAGCAGACUCACUAGUCCGAUUCCACACACGCUUCCAGGGAGCACGUGAAGAGACGGAUCGAAUCGGCCAAAGUUCGUUUAAAAACAAAAUCAAAUGAAAGUAAAGUAAUAAUGAGGUCGCCCCACUUCAAAAAAAGGGGGGGAAAAAGCACAAGUGAAAUUAAUCCCAAAGUUAUGCCAAAUUUAUUAUUUUUCAAUAAACAGGAGGGUGGUCUUUCAACGUCAUCAAGAGCGAAGUUUCAAGUCCAGCCAAAGAGAGAGAGAGAGAGAGAGAGAAGGAAAAUUAAUCUUGAUGCCACUCGGGGACUGAUUAAAAUGGCCUCUCCUGAACAGAUGGGACAGAGAGGCAGUGGAAGAGUGGAUGAAAAAAAAGAAAGGUGCUUUUGCUAUUUUUUUUUAAAUCUCUCUGAUCCCAUGACUUUACUGUAGUGAUUUUUUUUUUAUUAUGUGUGCAAACAAAGUACUGUAGAUGAAACAUGAAAGCCCUGAACUUUAUCUCUAUGACUAAGACAAAAAACUUUCGAGAGCUCAGCCACUGUAGAUCAGACGCUGCUCGAAAGGCAUCAUAGACGAUACACGAAAAUAAUUGUAUAACUGCAUUGCGUUGAGGUUUUCCCCAAAUGGGGGAAAGCCAUGGAUCUCCUUUUUUUUAUUAGCAUGUUUGUCCUCUGUCGUAACCAUCCGCUCUGAUGGGUGUCAAUUUUGUUUGUUAAGGAAUUUAUAUAGAUUUAUUAAUUGUAGAACUGUACCGGACCCUCCAAAAGAUUCACCGAAGGAGAAUCCGAUACUCUUCAUGUUCCUGUACUUAUCGUCUCCCUUCCUCUUUACUCCUGGAAUUUCUCUGACGACGGUCUUUCAGUGACAGAGUCUAGUUAGAUCUUUUAUUUCCAAAUAAGUCGGCUUACGUUGGGUCUGUACGUAUAGCAUAACUUGGCCAAUAUGUGCAUAUCCGUUCACAAACCACAUUCAUACUGAUAAAUGCUAAACAACUGAUGUUAUGCAUGAUAGGAGAACCUGUAUCAACCUCAUACUAUAUUUAGAUUUGUUGACCUUGCAAUUGCCAGUAUUUUCCUUAUUUUAGUCUCUUAACAUUCAAUUUGCAUUCAUGCUUUUAGUGAAUGGCCUCCCUGUCUUGAACAAUGGCACUACUGUCAUUGUCAUAGUUCUCAACUGACUCAUUCUCAUCCCUCCCAACGACCCCUUCUCGACAUACCAACGUAAACCCGGGGAUAUACCCAAGGGGCGCCACGACGCACAGAAACAGGUGGCAUAGUAGAAGGCCCACUGGGGCACUGAGACCUUUCGCCCGCCGGCGCCACAUGUCUUCAACAGCGCAUUUUUCAGCGUGAUCCAUAACACCACACACACAUUUUUACGACACAUUUUCUCUGGUCCCCCUUUUUUUAUUCGUGUAUCUCUGCCCAACGUGUUUGUCUGUUUUUAAAGUCCUUCACUUGAGAAUCUUACUAUUCCAGCUAUGUUUUCAGUCUUUUUUUUUUUCUCUCUCUCUUUUUUAUUCUAACUUCCCUUACUCCCCUCCUGUUGGCUUCCUCCCGAUUCUCUUUUAGUACAUCGCCUUUCCGCCCCCUUCGUCUUCUCUCCUGUUAACUGCUGUUGCUUCUUCUGAUCCUGCUCGUGUUCCUUCUGCUGUGUGUCGACACAUGUUGAUCCUAAUAAACCAUUCGGUGAAGCCAGUUUCGGGAAACCAUAUGGUUGCCAACUGCUGGGGGCAGAUGGCUCCUCUUCCCCUGCAUGUGGUCCGCUCUGUGCGAGUGUAUGUGUGUGUGUGCGUGCGUUGUUGAAGGGGGGUUGGGCGCCCGCCUGCUGUCGACGUUAGAGAAAGACUUUUUGUGCUGAAUCGCAAAGAAAAAGGAAAAAUACGAGCAAAGUUUGACACAGCAUUAGGAAAUAAUGCAGCAAGUCUGUUUGAAUAACGAAAUAAUACUGUAUGAGUAAAAUCCGAGUAAUCUCAUUAAUUAGACGCGUCAGCUUGUAUGGAUUCUUCCCUCCGCUGACCAUUCAGUCGUCAUCCCCUUCUUAUCUAACAGUUCUUGGCAACUGGCGUAGUAUGUUGUACGUUUUUCUCGUUCCUUUUUUUUUUUUUAACAGCGUGUGCAAGUGCAACCAGGCUUCGCAAGAGUUGCUAAAUCGUUCGCUCGUUUUCGUUCAGCCAUUCACCGCGCGCUGCUUGACAGGACAGUAAUAUGAGGCAAUGGUGACAUGACAUGAGAAGAGCCACGAAUGUAAGCACAGUCAGUCUUAACGAAUCACAACGCUGACCGUCCGAAAGUAAACACACAUCGAUCUGAAAUGUGAUCAAUGGACCCGACCACUCCAGAGGAACAUAUAAACGAGAACCUCGGUCCUGCCGUAGCGGAAAGAAUUCACACCCCCUUGGGCCCUCCCCCGAAAUGAAUGGCAUGGGAGCAUACCGCAGGAGCAUCGCACCACACCAGGUGGUAUGCCUAUACCGCACAAACUCCCAAAUGACGGCGUCGCUGUAACUCGACUCCCGAGGGGUCUGGCAUAACCCAAUUACACAACGCGCAGCCGAUUCCUGUCAUUUUGAGAACCAACAGGCAACAACGCCUCAAAGGUCGCUUUUUUUUCUGUUCUCAUUAAACACUGCCUCUGAUGCAAGUGCGGUCUGGAGAAGGGAAAGAGGGAAGGAAGUGGCAAUGACAUGGAGUCUUGUGUCCCUCCCUCCCUCCGCCCCCCUCCACCGCCAUUAUCCUCCACAUGUUCCUUUGUAGGAGUAAAGUUUUUUCUUUAGACUCCCACCGAAUUAUGAUCUCUCUAAGAAGCUACUUUUGAAGAGGUUUAUCAGUUUCUCGGGUUAGAUCAAGAAAGAUUGCAAAAUUAGACCAAGUGCUUAGUUUACAGUGAUCACAACUUGAUACGACUUGGUUCCGUCCCGCCUCAUCUAAGCAUCCGAGAUUUUCUUCUGUUAACUUUAAUUAAUCCCUCGACAAACCAAUGGAAUCUCAGUUCAGCUGUUUUUUUUGUUUUUUUUCGUUGAUCGGUUUCUCAACUGAUACUCCGUUGGGAGUAAUACUUGACUAUAGCAUCCUAUUAGCCUAAAAUAUUUUGAAAUAUUUUCCUUCCCUUUCGAGCGAGACUUAAUAGUUGCAGGAAAUGUCUUCCAUAAACACUGAAGGAUCGUCAGUCUUUGAAUGGAUAUACUUCUCUCUUUUUGCACACCAAAGAAUAGCAGUACUUUAUUUUGUAAUUUAUAAGAUUAAGUCAUUUUUUUGCAUUAUAUGAUAUUCCCUAGUAUCGUAUAAAUGCAAUUAUUAUAUAUAUAUAUAUAUACAGUAUUCUUUGUACAUACAUUAUUUCAUUCGUGGAUCAAAAGAUGGUAAAAUUCCCGAGUUGCUAACAUUGUCAAUUUUCCCAUGGAAGUUUUGGUA